AUGGCCAACUAUCCGGUGGGCCUAUGGCCUGUCGAGGAAGAGGUGCUGGACACGCGGGACGCAGUGGAAGAGAGCCCCACGUACGGAGAGCUCGACGUCGAAGACGUCAUUGUUUGGGUCCAGUCUAGCCAGGCGCUCCCAUUCUCGGAAGGCCAUGGCCACGAUCCAGUUGUAGCAUCGACGUGCAAGGAGCUUGAACUCGACGAGGAGGUUGAAGAUGGAGCCCUUGUCCAGUCCAGCCAAGCGCUGCCAUUCUCCGAAGGCCAGGCAGAGCUAGUCGGUCUGUGGGUUACUGAAGUUGUGCUCGGGCUUGUCACGGCCGUUGUCGUAGGGUCGACGAGUAAGCUAGACGCUGAUGCUGAGGUUGAUGAUGAUACUCGAGUCCAGUCCAACCAGGCGCUGCCGCUCUCCGAUGGCCAUGCAAAGCUGGUAGGUCGAAUGCCUAGUGAAGUGGUCGAGCUUGUUGAGCUCGUAAUUGCCGGCUUCGAGUCUAGUAAGCUUGAUACCGUUGAAGAGGUCGAGGAUGCUUCUCGGGUCCAAUCGAGCCAAGCGCUGCCAUUCUCAGAGGGCCAGGCAAAGCUGGUGGGUCUGUACACAAUGGAGGAAGUCGAGGUCGCUGCAACAGAAGAGGUCGUUGUAAUAUCGUGUAUCAAGACAGAGCUAGUGGUCGAUGAUGAAGUCAAACUCCAGUCCAACCACGCACUGCCGUUCUCCGACGGCCAAACAGACCAAGCAAAUUUCGUGGUCCGUGAGGAGGUGGGCAGAGACGUAGACGUGGUCAGUGCAUCGUCUGGCACAGAAUUCAAAGUUGAAGAUGUUGUCGUUGCUACAUUAACAGGCCUGGAGGGAUAG